UUCAGGUAUACAACGGCUAGUUUUAAAUUCACCUAUAUUUAUAUUAAAUUCUGACGUUUUACUCUAAGGGCUACAGCUACCGUUAAAUUUCCAGCAUUAGAAUCCGGUGAACAUUGGAAAAUUGGAUGGAUUCAAGCCUGCACUCGAAUGGAAUUUUAUAAUUCUUAUGGUGAACACGGCUAUUCUAGUUGGGAAUUUCCUCAACUAAUGUCCGGUGACAAACUCAUGAUAUCUGACAGUGAUGGUAGAAACUAUCCUUGGUACGGAUCAAAAUCUGAAGUGAUCGAAGUUCAAGGACCAUGCGAUGAUUACACACUAAUAAAAGUUAAUAUGAAUGAUAAUUUUUAUCCGCACAUUACUUGGGAUAUACCCACAUCGAAUGAACGUUUAUCUCGUUUAACACAUGUUACUCGUAAUCAACAAUUUUAUACGUGGUUAGUAGCAAUGGAUGCCAUUAACGGUAGUAUUCUCGUUUUGAAAACAAUUCGUUGGCAGAUGAAAUUAGAAAUUGAAGUUGAUCCUUUACAACCUCAAGGAUCUCGAGCGAAAUUAAUUAGCGAUCCAACGCCAGAACAACCAGAAAUAUUAAAACAAAAUAUCAGAAUUCCAACAUGCGUCCUCUAUCCACCAAAUGCGAAUAGUGCUCAAAUUCUUGUGUGGCAUCCAUUAUGUCAUCUUGGUGAAAUGUCACAUAGACCAGAAAUUGUUGUACCACCACGAUGUAUGGCUAUAUUAGAUCAAAAUCCAUUUUAUUCCAAUUACAUUCGGCAUAAAACUCAUACAAGCGUUCAAAAUAAAUUAAAUGGUGGUGGUAGUUCUUCGACUAGUGGAAGCAGUGGUGGUUCAUCGUCUUCAUCGUCUGAAUCACCGCCGAGAACUAUACACUCAACGAGAUCGAGUACAAAUGAUAAAACAACGACUUGUACGAUAGUGACUACAAAUACGAAAACCUCAACAACUAAAGCUAGUCUCUACAUUCCAACGAACUCUAGUCAUAUACAUCACUCUACUAAUCAUCACGAACGAAUUUUGUUACCAGCAUCUGUCGUAGGCAAUAGUAGAUGCUAUACGGGAAUGAAACAAAUAAUUAAUCAUCAUUCGAUGUUAGCCAAUAGAGUUAUGGUACGUUAG